AUGUGGUCUUACGAAAGCGAACAGGCUCGACUGCAAGAACUCUUAGAAUUAGAAAUUUUGAACGACGAAGGACAAGGAAUUGCAUACGACGAUCACUCUGAUACGGAUCAGUCUGAUGAAGAAGAGGAUCGUGUAGAGCAGCAAAAUGAGAACAGCGACACCGAGCAGGAUAUUUCCGAUGACGAGGAAAUGGGAGAAGAAAGUCCCAACAGUCGAUUAUCGUUUUAUGGAAAGGAUAAGGUCACGCGUUGGAGAAAAGUGGUUUCACAUCCCAAAACACGCAAAACACGUCAAAUGAAUAUUGUGAAACGUCUACCAGGCUCCUCAUUGACAACACGAAACUUGAGAGAACCACUGGAAAUAUGGGAGUAUUUUUUCAACGACGAGAUACUCGACAUUAUUGUCGAGUGCACCAACGAAUAUAUUGAAUCUGUUCGUAAUAAUUUUAUGCGAAAAAGAGACGCAACCCCGACUAAUCUAAUUGAAAUUCGUGCAUUCAUUGGAGUCAUUUAUAUGGCUGGUGUGUAUCACGCAAAUCGUCUCAAUGCCGAAGAUUUAUGGAGUAAUGAUGGGUCUGGUGUAGAAAUUUUUCGCCUCGCCAUGAGUUUGCAAAGGUUUAGAUUUCUAAUUCGUUGCCUAAGAUUUGACAGUAAAGAGACUCGAGCAAUGAGAAGAGAAACAGAUAAAUUGGCUCCUAUACGCAAUGUUUUUGACCGUUUUGUUGCUAACUGUCAGAACGGAUUCCACCACUCCGAAUUUGUGACCGUGGACGAGAUGCUGGCCGGAUUUCGAGGAAAAUGCAGUUUUCGUCAGUACAUUCCAUCGAAGCCCAAUAAAUACGGGUUAAAAAUUCUAGCAUUGUGUGAUGCCAAACUCUUCUACACAAGCAAGAUGGAAAUUUACGUCGGAACACAACCUGACGGGGCAUACAAAGUUUCAAAUAGUCCCUUUGAUGUCGUUCUACGGCUUUGCAAACACAUUUUUGGAUCUGGUCGCAAUAUCACAAUGGACAAUUGGUUUACCUCUAUACCACUUGUAAAAAAGUUACUUGAUCACAACCUUACAGUAAUUGGAACCAUACGCAAGAAUAAAAGAGAAUUACCAUUAGAAUUUUCUCAACCUGCUGAGCGGCCGCAACAUACCAGCAUGUUUGGGUUUUCGCAAGGGUGCACGCUUGUCUCCUAUAUACCCAAAAAGAAAAAAAAUGUACUCUUGCUUUCUAGUAUGCAUGAUAGAGAUGAAAUAGAUUCAGAAACCUAUGUAAAUAAACCCGUGAUGAUUACAGACUAUAACAGAACGAAGGGAGGUGUAGACACUGUAGAUAAACUUACUGCAAGCUACAACUGUUCUAGAAACACGCGCAGAUGGCCCAUGGUGGUUUUCUACAAUUUGUUGAACGUAGCUGGCAUCAAUUCGCAGGUGGUCUAUGUUUCCAACAACCCUGACAAGAAAAUUUUGAGAAGGCGUUUUUUAAGGCAAUUGGGCAACGAUUUGGUCAAGCCCCAUUUGCAAGUACGAUCUGCAAUGAUCAAUAUUCCUCGAACUCUAAAGCUGAGACUGCAGGAAAUCACUGGGAUGAAUAUCGAACCUGAAGUUCCACAGCCUGUUCUACCUGGAAGAUGUGCAUACUGUACUUCGAAAAAAAAUCGGAAGACUCGGUUUCAAUGCCAUAGGUGCAAUAAAUAUAUGUGCUUAGAACAUAUUAUUGGCGUUUGUCAGGAGUGUCGAGAAAAUUAG